AUGCUCCCUUUGUUGCUCGCUCUCUCUCAAACUCUCUCUCAAACUCUCUCUCUCUCUCAAGCUCUCUCUCAAGCUCUCUCUCUCUCUCUCAAACUUUCUCUCUCUCACUCAAACUCUCUCUCUCUCACUCAAACUCUCUCUCUCUUCUCUCUCUCUUCGCCUCUCCACCCUUUUCUGAAACGCCACGCCAGCAUGAGAUGUAUUGCCGUGCUAUCAGCCCUGGUGGCGGUGAGCUCAGCUUAUCUCAAGCAAAUGGACAUUACGGACCUUUCCGCAUAUCCCUCCGACUCGACCAUCCUCGUGACCGGUGCGGCAGGCUUCAUCGGCUACCAUCUUGCCGCCAGUCUUCGGGAACUUAACAAUGUGGUGGUUGGAAUUGACUCGUUCAACGACUACUACGACGUCACCCUGAAGGAGGCUCGCGCACACAAGCUCGAACGCUUGGGCGUUGUAAUGCUCAAUGUCGACAUCUGUGACGAGAGCAUGCUCAAAACGCUCCAUGCUCGCUACAAAUUCGAUUAUAUCGGUCACCUUGCUGCACAAGCCGGGGUGCGGUAUUCCGUCAACCACCCUCACCAAUACGUUCACUCCAACGUGGACUGCUUCGUCACCAUGCUUGAGCUGCUUCGGCAUACCCCGGAGGUGCCUUUGGUCUAUGCCAGCAGCUCAUCUGUCUAUGGAAAGGGGGCUAGCAUUCCCUUCACCGAGGAUGAGUGCUCGGACCGGCCCACCAACGUGUAUGGUGCCACCAAGCGCAUGAAUGAGCUUCUGGCACAUGCCUACAAUCAUCUUUACGGCGUCAAGGCCACCGGUCUUCGCUUCUUUACCGUGUUUGGCCCUUUUGGCCGCCCGGACAUGGCGCCUUACAUCUUCACCGAUCGCAUUUCUCGGGGCUUGCCCAUCGAUGUCUACCAUACCGCCAAUAAUGAGGAGAUGCGCCGUGACUUUACCCACGUGGAUGACAUUGUGGAUGGUUUUAUGCGCGCCAUGAAGCAUGCGGCACCCUAUGACGUCUUCAAUAUUGGUCGCGGCGAACCCGUUUCCGUGCCCCAGUUUAUUGAAAUGGUUGAAUCGGCACUCCAGAAAAAGGCUGAUCGACAUGAUAUGCCAGCUCAUGACGCCGAGCUGAUGGUGACCUUUGCCAACACCUCCCAUGCCAUGCGUAAGCUGGGUUAUGCGCCACGCGUGGCUACUCAAGACGGCGUGGAUAAUUUUGUGGCCUGGUAUGAUUGGUACAGUAAAAAGCUUCAAACAGGCGCUGGCUUCCCUGGCAAGGACACCUACCUGCCGGCGAACAAGAUGCCCGAGCUCCUGACCUCGACGCCAACUGAACAAUAAGAAGAACCUUGAUUUGACCUGCUGGUGCAAUUUCUCGCUGUGAGGCCCGGAUGCAAAUUUUGGGCCAUUCAAAUCUUGAGCCGAGCCAGCUGGUGGCAUCCCACAAACUGUUAUAGAUUACGAAGGUGUACAUGAUCCGUGUUCAGCGUACCCCUUGACUCUUCUUUUGUAGUGCUCACAUUUAAACAUAACGCCCAUGGCGCACGGCUUUCCAAGGCCACACCAUGACCUUUCUUUUGAUGCGCCUGAUCUGGCUGAACGUGCGCGGUCGCGAAUCACGCGCGCCAAUUCAUUCGACGCC